AUGCUGAUAUGCCACCCAAAUGACUCAACUAUUACUGCAGUUUGGAAGGACCUUAACAAGCAUUUUGAGCUCAAAGACCUUGGUCACGUCAGUCACUACCUUGGAAUUGAGAUCGAGAGAAGCGGGGAUAAUCGCUUUCUUCUUCACCAGCGGAAUAGGAUCACCAGCCUACUGGAGAAGUACAAGCUUGGAGAAGCUAAAGGCUGUGCCAUCCCUAUGGACGCGGAUUAUCCGAAACUCACUGGGGAUGACGACGUACUGCAGAGCAACGAGAUCUAUCGUCAAGCAGUUGGAGAGCUCUUGUACCUGAGCACGACAACCCGCCCGGACAUAGCGUGUGCAAUGGGGUACCUGUGCCGACAUGUCAGUAAGCCCCGCCAGCGCGACUGGACCGCCGUUAAGAAGGUAUUUCGGUACCUCAAGUACACGUUGAAUUGCAAGCUGCAACUGUCUGGGGAGGGAGGUGCAAGAUUGGUAUGCUACGCAGACGCAGACUGGGCAGGUGACGUCAAGGACCGUAAAUCAACAAGCGGCUACUUCAUUAGUCUAGGAGGAAGCCCUGUUUCGUGGUCUAGCAGGAAGCAGACAUCCGUAGCCCUUUCAUCAACAGAGGCUGAAUACGUCUCAGCGGCGCAUGCCUCACAGGAAGUGCUGUGGCUGCGACAGUUGCUCAUCGACUUCGGCCACAGCAUGGACGAGCCGACGUGUUUGCUCGAAGACAACUAG